CUUUAAUACAUUUUACAAUGUCUCUCAUACUCAUUUAUAAUGAUCGAACUGAAACAAUUGAAUGUCUAGCAACAUUCAAUGAAUAUUGUUGUAUAUAUGAUGAAAUUUGUAAACUUGUUAUAGAAAAAUUUCAUUUAAAUAAUUUAACAUCUGAUUAUCAUAUGACAUAUUAUGAUUCUCCAUAUGGUUUGUGGAUUAAUUUUAAUCUACAUGUUACAAAACGAAUUAUUGAACUCAUACGUAAUUCACAUUUUAAAACAUUAAAAAUCCGUAUAGAAGAACGUCGUCAAAGAAAUAUUACCAGGCCACUUGUGGAGAAAAAGAUUAUUGACAAUAUACAAACCAAAGCUGUAGAAAGAGACAGAUGCGCCCAUUUGAUUAUUUGGUUCGAUGAACAUAUUGGUAAUCCUCAAUGUCAUAAACAACUCAAACGAGAUUGUCGAGCAAUGAUCAAUACAAAUAUUAGUUUCAUGAUAAAUGACAAUAUUGAUACUUUAAUUCAAUACAAUAGUUGUAUAUAUCGUAUAGAACCAAUAUGGCGAACUCAUUUACAAUCUUUUAUCGAAACAACUAAUAAUUAUUCGUGUCCAUUUCAAUGUGUUUUGUUUACUGUAGAUAAUACUGAUAAAUUCUUUGAAUAUCUUAAUAUGUCCUUAGAAUUAACUCGUUCACUUUCAAUAAUUAUUUCAGAAUAUUUUGCUAAAGAAAUGUUACCAAUUAUUUUUUCUCUUCAACAAAAACAAUUACUUCCAAAAGUAUUAUUUCUUUAUAUUCUUUGUUCGGAUGUUCAGAAAAAUUAUGAUUGGGCACUUGGUUAUAUUGAAAAUAAUAGUCUAUGUGUCAAAAACAAUUUGCAAUUUUUUGAAGAUGAACAAGCUUUGUUUGUUCGCCUUCUCAAUGAUAUUAGUCGUCAUUUAACUUUAGAAGCGGAUAUGAAACGUGAUCGAAAAGAAACUUGGUAUGCUUUACAAUAUUAUUUAGCUGCGAGACAACUUUUUCUCAAUUCACUUCCGUGGAAUUUUUGUUAUACUUCACGUGAACUUGAUUAUCUUGAUCAAGCUAUAAAAGAAUUAGAAAUGGAAGUCAGAGGAUCUAUCAUUAAAACAUAUCAUCCAUUAACUAUUUAUGAUAAAUAUUCCGAAUCCGAUGAUUAUAUAGCCCAGCAAUGUGCUGAGAUAUUGGAAGGAAUAUGA